UUUUCCCUCCUCCGCGGGCGAGGGUGGGGGGGCGGGGGAGGCCGGGGCUCGCCCGGAGCAGCCACGAUGCUCCUGGACGCCGGCCCCCAGUACCCCGCGAUCGGCGUGACCACCUUUGGCGCGUCCCGCCACCACUCGGCUGGCGACGUGGCCGAGCGCGACGUGGGCCUGGGCAUCAACCCUUUCGCCGACGGCAUGGGCGCCUUCAAGCUCAACCCCAGCUCGCACGAGCUGGCCUCCGCCGGCCAGACCGCCUUCACGUCACAGGCACCCGGCUACGCCGCUGCCGCGGCCCUGGGCCAUCACCAUCACCCGGGCCACGUCGGCUCCUAUUCCAGCGCAGCCUUCAACUCCACGCGGGACUUUCUGUUCCGCAACCGCGGCUUUGGGGACGCGGCGGCUGCAGCCAGCGCACAGCACAGCCUGUUCGCAGCUUCGGCCGGGGGUUUCGGGGGCCCACACGGCCACACGGACGCAGCGGGCCACCUCCUCUUCCCUGGCCUUCACGAGCAGGCAGCGGGCCACGCAUCGCCCAACGUGGUCAACGGGCAGAUGAGGCUUGGCUUCUCCGGGGACAUGUACCCACGACCGGAGCAGUACGGCCAGGUCACCAGCCCGCGUUCGGAGCACUAUGCCGCGCCGCAGCUGCACGGCUAUGGGCCCAUGAACGUGAACAUGGCCGCACAUCACGGCGCCGGAGCCUUCUUCCGUUACAUGCGCCAACCCAUCAAGCAGGAGCUCAUCUGCAAGUGGAUCGAGCCAGAACAGCUGGCCAACCCCAAAAAGUCUUGUAACAAAACUUUCAGCACCAUGCACGAGCUGGUCACGCACGUCACAGUGGAGCACGUCGGUGGACCCGAGCAGAGCAACCACAUCUGCUUUUGGGAGGAGUGCCCGCGCGAGGGCAAGCCCUUCAAAGCCAAAUACAAACUGGUCAACCACAUCCGCGUGCACACCGGCGAGAAGCCCUUUCCCUGCCCCUUCCCUGGCUGUGGCAAGGUCUUCGCGCGCUCUGAGAACUUAAAGAUCCACAAAAGGACGCACACAGGGGAGAAGCCCUUCAAGUGCGAGUUCGAGGGCUGCGACCGACGCUUUGCCAACAGCAGCGACCGAAAGAAGCACAUGCACGUGCACACGAGCGACAAGCCCUAUCUUUGCAAGAUGUGUGACAAGUCCUACACGCACCCCAGUUCUCUGCGCAAACAUAUGAAGGUCCACGAAUCCUCCUCGCAGGGCUCGCAGCCUUCGCCGGCAGCCAGCUCUGGCUACGAGUCCUCCACUCCGCCCACCAUCGUGUCUCCCUCCACAGACAACCCUACCACCAGCUCCCUGUCGCCCUCGUCCUCCGCAGUCCACCACACAGCCGGCCACAGCGCGCUCUCUUCCAAUUUUAACGAAUGGUACGUUUAAAAGCAGAAACAAAACACCGAACAAAACCCUAUUUAAGAGACUGAACACAAACACACACGUACACAGAGUAUUACUGAAAGAUCCCUGUGAAUCCAAACAGCCCCCUCCCCACGAUACUAUUUUUUAAAAAGCUGCCAAUAGACCCAGGACCCAGUAAGAGAGAGGAAGCACCAAAU